AUGCAUAUCGGGUGCCGGCACGUUGACAAUGUUACAAAGACUGACUCAUCGCAAUAUGACAAUGUCUUUUUGGGGAUAUUACCUGACUGGGAUGUUGCUCAUGUUAGACGUGUGGCCAGCGAAAAAUUUGCUACGUUUGCCGAUUUCCUAAAAGAGGCAACAAAACCAGCAGAGAUGAGACUCUCAGACAGGGAAUCUGCAGAGGUGCUGAGUGCGUUGAACUACUUGAUGGAGAAGCCAUACUUUCAGCGUGCCUGGAUUGUGCAGGAGACUAUUCUUGCUCAGACAGCUAAACUUGUUUGUGGGAAACAUGAGGUGGAUUUCGAGAGUUUCUGGCAUGUGUUCGGCCUGGAUCGACUCCAACCGACAAGCAUAAACAAUUUUAUACUGGAUGACUUCAAAUACUUCGAAGCACACGAGAAUGUGCAGAAAAUCCAAGCAUGGUCCCGCUUUACGAAACCAUCCAAUUUGAUUAUUUCUGAAACUCACCAUGUCUUUAACCAAAUGGCCUACAUUCGAAGCAAAGGACGUGAGGGCAAGCUUGCGCUCUUCGACAUUGGAGCUUUACUGAAAAACUUUGACAAGCAAAAAUCAACAGAUCGGCGAGAUCUGAUAUUCGGCUUUGUAGGUCUCUUACAGAAAUUCUCCAAGCGGCCGUGUGUACUGGAAUGGGCUGAAAGCUGCGUGGAUUACAGCCUUGAUGUGCGAGAUGUUUAUCUCAGCACUGCCAAACAUAUCGCGGAGAAUAAUUACGAGGUAGACAAGGGAGAUACGGCAUUUCAGCCGGGGAGCUAUCAUAUCUUGGAUUUCUUUGCACGGAAUAUAGGGCCUCCCACCGAACAAUUGGAUCUACCGACAUGGGUACCUGACUGGUCGGCUAAACGAGAAUAUGCCGUAUUCAACACAAGGCAUAUCAUAGAGACGGACCGCCUUAUUCCGUUCGAUGCUCAAGUACAGGGAGAGUCCCUUAUGAUCUCCGGCUGCGUUAUGGACGAAGUCACCUUCUGCUCGGAAAUCCUUGACUGCAACGAGAAAAUGUUUCAGGAGGUAAAUCUGUGCUACAUGUUAGUUGAGCAAGAAAACAAAAAGAAAACUCCCAGCAUCUAUGGUGGAUUCAAAGCCCAAUUCGAGGGGUUUUGGCGCACUAUCAUCGCUGACAAUCCGAUCGGCACCAAGCCCUUCACUGACCACACCUACCAUUUUCAUGAGCUGGAAGAAGUGAACAAAUGGCUAGCUCAAUGCCGACUCAGUUAUCGUCAAGCUCGCCAAGCAUGGUCGAACGAGCUGAAGUAUCGUCCAAUGCUUGGCCCGGCCUUCGCUCGCGUUCAGGGCCAUGACCUGAGUCACUUCCUCAAAGGCGACGACAACGAUGAAAUAAAAAAAGCAAUUCGGCGUCUAGAGAGUAAGCCCGUCCCACUAGCGGACGAUGACAAGAUACAAGAAAUCAUACGGUCUCUGGGCAAUAUGCGAUUGUUGGAGCUCUUGGAGCUGGAUGAGCCACGGUGGGGGUUUUUGGGAGGACUCUUGGAAAUGACCAAGCACAUUCUCAUUAAAACAAAGCAAGGAUACUUUGGAUUAGCACCCCCAGGUGUCCAAUGCGGAGAUACUGUCGCUCUUCUGGCUGCAUGCAGCCAUCCUUGGUACCUUCGUCGCCAGGACCAGCAUUAUACCAUCGUGGGCGAAGCUUGGGUACAUGGUUUAAUGUAUGAGAGUGAUGCUAUUUACCAGCACGAAGAUUUUCGGAAUAAUUGUACCCAGAUUGAGCUGCGAUAG